UGGGAAAUAGAACACGGUCUUCUGAAUAUAGGUGACAGUGACCUAGGGGCAACAGUUUUCCUUAGAGAAAUUAGGGACCUGAAUAAGCACAUUCUGGAUGAGUGUAACUUACCAAUGGUGGAUCGGCAGGAAGACGGCUGUCUGGACAUGGAAGCUCAGAACUUCCUCACCAGCCUCAAGGUGAGAAUCACUGACAACCACCCCAAACUGCUAAAGGUGCAUUUUGUCCAAUGGAGUCAAGAUUUGGUGAACCCAAAGAACCGAGCACAUGCUAAGUACCUGAAGGAGCUGGGAGAGCAGUUCAUUGCCACAGUCAACCAUCAGAUUCUAGAGAGACUUCGCCACCAGAAAGAGAGCAAGCAGAUAUUUGUCCCUUUCUUCCAAGAGCUGCAUCACCACAUGGCCCAGGCUAUGGACAAGUGCCAAGUGUUUUGUGGGAGGGAGGAACUCCUGAGCAGAAUUGGAAAGGCCAUCACAGCCAAUGAUGGCACCAACCACAGUCCCCUGGUUGUUUUGGGGCCCCCUGGAAUUGGAAAGACAGCUCUGAUGUGCAAAAUAUCGGAGUGCAUCCAAGACUUUCUGGGACAAAAGAUUGUGCUGGUGCUACGGCUCCUUGGCACGAGCCAGUCAAGUUCCAACAUCUGUACUUUAUUGAAUAGCAUCUGUCUCCAAGUGUGCUUAGCAUAUGGCUUGCCACUCCCACCUGCACAGGUCAUGGCUGUUUAUAGUGGUGCUGUCCAGUUCUUUCAAGAUCUCCUCUUCAUGGUUUCCAGCAGAAAUGUUGAGUCACUUAUACUCAUACUGGAUGCAGUUGGGGAGCUGAACUCAACUUAUGGGGCAAGAGACCUAACAUGGAUGCCCAAAAAGUGCCCCCCAAAAGUCCACCUCAUCCUCUCUGCUUGCCCAGCAGAGUCUGGAACUUUAAAAAUCAUGAAGAAGGUUGUUACAAACCCUAAAGCUUAUUUUGAAUUGAAGCCACUCUCUGGGGAUCAAGGUCAGAAAAUGAUUGAACUUCUUUUGGCAUCUGUGAGGCGGAAGCUGAGCCCUGCCCAGCGGGACCUUCUCUGGGCCAGCCUCCCAGAAUGUGGGCAUCCCUUGAGGUUAAAGCUGGCCUUUGAUGAAGCUCAGAGAUGGGCAUCCUAUACAUUACCCAUCUCUCUGGCCACCACCACCCAACAAGCAAUGCAUCAGCUUUGCGCCCGUUUGGAGGAGUUGCAUGGUCAAAUCUUGGUGGCCCAUGUACUUGGGUACAUUGUAACUGCCCGGUAUGGGUUGUCUGAAGCAGAGCUGAAAGAUGUCUUAUCCUUGGAUGAUGAGGUUUUGAUGGAAGUCUAUCAAGAAUGGACUCCUCCCAGUAAAGAUGUCCUUCGUUUUCCUCCUCUCUUGUGGGUGAGGCUCCGGCGAGACUUAGGGGAUUUCUUGGUAAAGAGACCUGCAGAUGGCUUCAUGCUCCUUGGACUUGCUCACAGACAACUGACUGAGGUGGUCAAGGAGCGCUACCUGUCAGGACAGGAGAAAAUUAAGAGGCAUCAUCUCUUAUCUGAAUUCUUCACGGGAGCCUGGAGUCAGGGCAUAAAGAAACCUAUGACUCUGCCCCUCCUGGGAAAACCUCUAAACUUUGAUAGGAAGGUUGCACCUCAACCCCUCUGGUUUUCAGACACUAUUGCAAAUCUUCGGAAGUUGAGUGAAUUGCCCAGUCACCUGGCUAAUUCGGGCUGUAUUGAAGAAUUGAAGAAAGAUGUGCUGGGGAACAUGAAUUGGAUUUCAUGUAGAGUGAUUUCCAGUGGAAUCACAAGCAUGCUAGAAGACUUCGCCCUUUGUGCUGAACACAUUGACUGUUCCGAGCUCAGCCUCAUCCGUGAUGCCAUCCAGCUCUCGAGACCCAGUAUGGACCGUGCAGCUGGCAUGAACAAAAGCAUUUUCUAUACAGAAAUCCUAGCCCGGCUUCAUUCCUUCUCCUCCCUCUCCCCAUCACUCAUUGGAGAGCUGUGCCAUCAGUGUGUGAAGUGGCUUAAUGCAUAUCCACAACCUGUUCUCAUCCCCCUCUGUGGGUUCCUUCUGCCUCCUGGAGGACCCCUUCAGGAAACGCUCACAGGCUAUCACAAAGGUAUCACAGCACUAGAGUGGAGCUCCAUCAACAGACUCUUGAUAGUUGGAUCACAGAAUGGAGUCCUCGUUGUGUGGGUCAUGAAGGAGAAGGAGAGUCAGGUGGUGCAUGUCUUAACUGGCCACACUGGAGAGGUGAGGUGCGUGAAAACAUUUGGAGAAGGCAUUUAUGCCAUCUCUGCUUCCAAGGACCGAACACUACGCACAUGGAAUUUAGUUUCUGGAAAGGAGAAGUAUGUCAUUCAGAAUGGCAUCUCUGCUGAUCCCAGAGAGCCACAUUUCUGUUGUCUUCAUGUGGAUGAAAAGAAUAAAGUUGUGUAUUCAUCAUCUAGUUCAAAGGUAAAUGCAUGGAACCUGGAAACUGCAGAAGCCAUUUUCCACAUUAUGGGUGAUGCACAGGAUCCCUGGGUGUGGGCCACAGUGUUUUCUUCCAGCUCAGGGAUUGUGACGUUGUCUAAAGAAGGAUUUGUGAGUACCUGGGAUGCUCGCACUGGAAAAUCCAGAUCAAAGAAUCACCUCUCCAGUAUGAAGGAAGAAGCCUUAACUAGUGGGGCCUCACUUCAGAAGCAGGGCCGGAUCAUCGUUGGCUUCAGUAGUGGCUCUCUCUUAUUGAUCUCCCCUCAAGGAAGCAGUCUGAUGGAAAAAGUCCCCACUGCUGUGCAGCUUCUGGUAGUUUCAGAAGAUGAAUCUCUUCUUGCUGCAGGUUUUGGAAAACAUGUUCGAGUAUUUUUGGCAGAUUCAAAGGGAUUUCAUAGAUUCAUGGCCAUAGAUCUCGAACAUGAGAACACAGUGGAAGCAGCUGUUAUUGGUCAUGAUAACAACGUGAUUGUCACUGGGUCUCUUGAUGCCUUCAUCCAGGUGUGGAGUCUGUCAGAGCAGGGGACCCUCCUAGAUAUUUUUGAUGGCAUGGGAACUCCAGUGAACAUGCUGGCUUGCUGUGGAAACACUCUCAUUUCUGCCUCACGGGAUUCAGCAUCAUUUAGAGUUUGGGAUCUUGCUUAUACUCGGAAACACAAACUCUCAUCCCCUUUUUUGGACCGCACUGGCUGUGCUACAGUGUCUCACAAUGGAAACUAUGUCUACUUCCCCAAAAUAGGAGACAAAAACAAAAUCAUGGUCUGGGACUCUGUGGAAGGGGAAGACCAUGAUAUCCUAGAUGCCUCCAAUGAAGUGCGAUGCUUGGAAGUUGCCGAGCAGAUGAAGUUGCUCUUUGCUGGGCUGAUCUCAGGGACAGUCCUAGUGUUUCCCUUGAACUCUAGGCAGGAUGUUAUGUGCAUCCCACCCCCAGAAGCCAAGAAAUCUGUCAGAUGCAUGGCCCUGAGUAGAGGGGAAGAACGGCUGGUCAUUGCCUAUGACAACAUAGUGUUAGUGAUGGAUAUUAGGCCAGAAGAUCCCUACCCAGUAAUUGAUGGACCUACAUACACAUUUUACACUCAGCUUCCUGCUACGAUAUCAAGUAUAGGUGUUCUCACCAACUACCGGGUAGUCUAUGGCAUGACCAAUGGAGACCUGUUUCUUUAUGAGUGUGCAAAAUCCAAAGUUUCCCCAUUAGAAGUCCCCCAAGGCAAAGUUACUUGUUUAGACAUCAGCCACAAAGAGCAAUGGGCAGUAAGCAGUUCUCAGGAGUCUCUGCUGUACCUUUGGGACCUAGAACUCUGCAAAUGGAAACACAUGCUGACCUAUGAGAGUGCUUUCUGCCGAGGAAUUCAAUGUGUCUGUUUCUCCAAAGAUGAUAAGUAUGUGUACAGUGGGUUAAAGGAUCAGUCCAUUCUAGUCUGGAAUGUUUCUGAUGGCUCUUUGUUGGCUGUUCAGUUUGUGUGUGCAACAGUGAACAAAAUCAUUUCUACAGCUGAUGGGUUUAUUGCCACGACAAGACAUGGCUAUCUCAUCCGUGAACGCUUCCACUGCCCUCAGCCACUAAGUGCUUGUCAUGACCCUCUCAAGAACAUCAAGGCAACAUGUACUGUCAAAACCAAGAAGCAGGAGAUUCUAGUGGCUAUAAGAAAACAAGAGAGUAACUCAGAAAGAGUGGGAGAAAAGCACAACACGACAAACAAGCUCUCCCAAGUCUGUAUGGACAAGCAAAACAGUACAAACAAACUCUCUCAAGUCUGUGUGGUUGUAUGACAGAAGGUGAGAUAUUAAUUACAAAGAGGAUUCGGAGGGCAAUCCCAUCACUCCAGAUAGGCCUGUCCUUUGUUUUUCAAAUCAUUCUCUUUCCUCAUCAGAUUCAUUCAAUUCAGUCCUGGUACCAGGAUAUCAUCAUUGGACUUUUUUUUUUUAAUUUACUAAAUAAAUAUUUAUUAGGUAA